GGUGGUCACGUGGGGAGCACGGCAUCCCCUAGGUCAGGAUGCGCAGGACCGCAAUCUAUCACUAGUCCAUUGGGAUUUGGGAGUGGUGUCUCCUGCCAAGCUCAAGCCGCGAGGCUCGCGUUCACGACCACCCAAGUCACGAUGUCAUCGAUCUCGUCGCCGGAGCUCCGGAUUAUCGGGAGGUAUCAAGUCUCUCCGCCUCCAGGAACAGUGGACGACUCCGCCUUGUCUCUCGCCUACCUCGAUUUGAUUUGGCUGCAUGCCGGAUCAGUCGAACGUGUCUUCUUUUACCCCCUCGCCGUCUCCCUCUCCCACUUCAUCGAUUCCGUCGUACCCACCCUCAAAUCCUCUCUCUCCGCCGCUCUCCGCCACUUCUACCCACUCGCCGGCAAGAUCCGCAGCUCCGCCGCCAGCUCCGACGGUUACGAAAUUCACUACGCUGACGGCGACUCUGUUCCCUUCACUGUCGCCGAGUACAGCGGAGACUUCGACGACCUCUCUGGAGACUGCCCCCGACCGGUGAACGACUUGCUUCCCCUGCUUCCUGAGCUCCCCCCAUCCAGUACGGACGGCGACGGCCUCCGGGUGCUGGCCUUGCAGGCCACUCUCUUCCCUGAGUGCGGCGUCGCGGUAGGCGUCACCGUGCACCACGCCGCCUGCGAUGGCUCGAGCUCGAUUCGGUUUAUUUCCGCGUGGGCCGCCGCAUGCGCAGGAGCCGGAGUGGUGGUGCCUCCGGUGAUCGACAGAACUGUGAUUACCGACCCCGACGAUCUCUACUCGGUGUUUUAUAACGGGUUUGUGAAGGGGCAAUCGAUCCAGUCUAUGAUGCACCAGAAAGCGCCGCCUGACGCCGUCCUUCAAUCCUUCACCAUCGGUAAAAAUCACAUUCAGAAAUUGAAAGAGUUGGUGACGCAAAGCGGCGAUCUUUCUUUUCGCUGCUCCACCGUGGUCGUGGCCUUCGCCUACGUGUGGGUUUGCCACGUCAAAGCACGGCUGACGGAAAUAAGUAACAAGCGCAUCUUCAUGGCAUUCGCGGCCGAUUGCAGGCCAAGGCUGAAGCCGCCGAUCCCGGCCGGGUUCUUCGGGAACUGCAUCAGCGCUUGCGUCGUGGAGGCGAAGGCCUGGGUUCUCACGAACGAAAACGGAGUGGUGGCGGCUGCGAGGUUAAUCGGGGAAGCGAUCGAGGUGUUCAAAGAUAAUCCUUUAAAGGUCGCCAAAGAGUUGCCGGAACUCUUCAAGACUCUGAGUGAAGCGGACUCGUUAAGCGUCGCCGGAUCGCCGAUGUUCAAGGUGUACGAUGUGAAUUUCGGAUGGGGGAAGCCGAAGAAGGUGGAGAUAACGUCGAUCGCAAAGACCGGUGCCAUUUCUGUGGCGGAGAGCAGGCAGGAGGAAGGCGGCGUGGAGAUCGGGCUGGUGAGGCCCAAGACGGUGAUGCAGCUAUUCGAGAAGCACUUCUACGACGGGCUCAAAAUGUUUGAUUGAUCCAUCGAUACAUGAUAGAUCUCGUUCCUCAUCGAUGGAUCAAGAAUUUCUAAAUUGAGGAAUUUUACGAAAUUUUAGGCCGACAAUAUUUAUUUCCAGUUGUAUUUGCAAUGCCAAAUAAAUCAGCUUGUUCGUCGAAUUA